GGCUGGAGCAGAGUUUGGCAGGAUGGGGAGGGUGUGGACAGACAGAUUAGAACAGAUUCUACCUGGAAGGAAGCAGUGGAGCUGGUUGCUGACGCAGUGAGUUGCAGUUGUUGAUAAGGGGAGCCAUUUGGAAGAAGACCUCAAGUUGGAAAAGGUGAAACGUUGCAGCAGACGGAGACCAGACUCCUGCUCUUCGAAGGGGGAACUGACCAGGGCUGUCAGAUUCAGCUCCACCGCCCGGACACCUUGCGGCAGUGUGGCUUCAACUCCUCCCUGCCGCUGGUGAUGAUAAUUCACGGCUGGUCGGUGGACGGCGUGCUGGAGAGCUGGAUCUGGCAGAUGGUGUCCGCGCUGAAGUCUCAGCUGGCCCAGCCAGUGAACGUGGCGCUGGCGGACUGGAUCACCCUGGCCCGGAACCACUACGCCAUUGCCGUCCGCAACACCCGCCUCGUGGGCCAGGAGGUGGCAGCGAUUCUCCGGUGGCUGGAGGAGGCCGCUCAGCUCUCUCCAAGCAAAGUUCAUCUAAUCGGGUACAGCCUGGGUGCGCACGUGUCGGGGUUCGCUGGCAGUCACAUCGGAAAGCACAAGAUUGGGAGGAUCACAGGGUUGGAUGCCGCAGGCCCUCUGUUUGAAGGAGCUGGCCCCAAUGACCGUCUUUCACCAGAUGAUGCCAAAUUUGUGGACUCCAUUCACACCUUUACCCGGGAGCACAUGGGCCUGAGUGUGGGCAUCAAAGAGCCCAUAGCACACUAUGACUUCUACCCCAACGGGGGCUCCUUCCAGCCCGGCUGCUACUUCCUCGAGCUCUACAAACAUAUUGCCAAGUAUGGCCUGAAUGCCUUCACCCAGACCAUAAAAUGCGCCCACGAGCGGUCGGUGCACCUCUUUAUCGACUCCUUGCAGCACCCUGACAUGCAGAGCACAGCCUACCUGUGCAACAACAUGGACACCUUCAGCCAGGGCCUGUGCCUGAGCUGCAAGAAGGGCCGCUGCAACAGGCUGGGCUACUACAUCCGCCAGGGGCAGCAGAGCAAGAAGAGCAAGAAGCUCUUCCUGGUGACACGAGCCCAGUCCCCGUUCAAAGUGUAUCAUUAUCAGUUCAAGAUCCAGUUCCUCAACCAAAUUGAGAAGCCGGUGGAGCCCACGUUUACCAUGUCGCUCCUGGGAACGGAAGAGGAGAUGCAGAAGAUCCCCGUCACCCUGGGCGAAGGAAUUACCAAUAAUAAAACCUAUUCCUUUCUUAUCACAUUGGAUUCGGAUAUUGGCGAGCUGGUCUCAAUCAAAUUCAAGUGGGAAAACAGCGCAGUAUGGGCCAAUGUCUGGAACACGGUCCAGACCAUCAUUCCAUGGGGCAGCGGGCCCCUCUACUCGGGCCUUGUUCUAAAGAGCAUCAAAGUCAAAGCAGGAGAAACCCAGCAAAGAAUGACAUUUUGCUCAGAAAACUUGGAUGACCUACAACUUCACCCAACCCAGGAGAAAAACUUUGUGAGAUGUGAUAUAAACGCUAAAAAAAUGAAGCAAAAGAACAGAUGAGUUUUCAUGAAGACCCAGUGUAAAGAAUAAAUGAUCUCAUUCCUUAUCUGCAAUUCCUUUCCUUAUUUGGAAACCAGUUAUAUAAAGGAACCUUGCAUAAAGUUUAGACAUGGGGGGGGGGGUACAUUUCACUAUUAUAAACUAAGCUUUCAAUAACUAUAUUAUGUAACUCUAUUCAAAUAUUAGUGUAACCAAAUAUUUCCCAAUUUCAUCUUAAAUGGUAAUAUAUGCAAAUAAGCACAAAUAUAAGUGCCAUUUUAGAUCUGUUGUUCUAAUUUAAAAUGUAUUUUCCAAUGAAGGCAAAUUUCCCAAAAUUCUUUGCUAGUUUAUUCGGAUCGGUUUGUGAGCCACGCUGGAAGGGCACCUCUUUAUUACAUAACUGGUGCUUCAAUAAAGUGAAAUUAAUCACUAGCCCUGAUUUUUCUCUUUUACCACU